AUGCAAGUGGAGCGCUUUGAGCUCUUCCGGGAAGACAUUGAAGACCUGGUGAAGCUCACGGUCGAUAAAAUGGACAUGUAUCACCUCGUCUCUGCGGUGGUGCUUGGCUUCACUACAACCAUUUUCACAGAGGGCCGUAUUUGGGCUGCGUCGCCACCUUCCUACAUUGCAAUCUACUUCAUGACGAUAGGAUGCGGCUGGCUCUACCUCCUGAUGACCGUUUGGCUUAGUAUGUAUGCCUCUAUCUCCUCCCACAGCCUGGGCGUGCGGCUUCGCACACGUUAUGUGCGCUUGCCCAUCCCCAGCAUGCAACAGCUCUACGGCAUAGCUUCCAAGCUCAACCAGUUUGAGCAGCAGGGGCUUCAGAAGGUGAGACUGGAGCACUUCAUGUGUUGCUACUGGUAG